AUGCCGUCCACCACCUUCCUCACGGUGGCUCUUGCCGCCGUCAGCGCCGUCUCGGCCAUGCCGGCGCGCAUUGGCGUGCCUGUCUCGACGAGCAACUUCUCGAUCCACCAGGUGCGCAACGAGCAGUUCACCGGCCACCACGGUCCUCUGGCGCUGGCCAAGGCCUACCGCAAGUAUGGCGUCGCUCUGCCGACCGACCUGGAGGCGGCCGUGGCCAAGAUUCAGGCCGACCAGGCUGUCUCGCGUCGUGACACCGGCAGUGCCACCAACACGCCCACGUCCGACGAUUCGGAGUACUUGACGCCCGUGCAGAUUGGCACGCCGGCUCAGACUCUCCACCUCGACUUCGACACCGGUUCGUCUGACCUCUGGGUUUUCAGCACCGAGACCCCGUCCGGCUCCGUCGACGGCCAGACGCUCUACAAGCCGGCCAGCAGCAGCUCGUCUGAGAAGCUGACGGGCGCCACCUGGAAGAUCAAGUACGGUGAUGACAGCACGUCGAGCGGCGAUGUCUACACUGACGUCGUCUCCGUCGGCGGUCUCUCGGUCCAGAGCCAAGCCGUCGAGUCGGCCAAGACCGUCUCGUCCUCCUUCACGUCCGACACGGCCAGCUCCGGCCUUCUCGGUCUUGCCUUUAGCUCCAUCAACGCCGUUCUGCCCGACCAGCAGAACACCUUCUUCGACAACGCCCAGGACUCGCUCGACUCUGCCCUCUUCACCGUCGACCUGAAGCACGGCAAGGCCGGCAAGUACAACUUUGGCUACAUCGACUCUGCUGCUCACACCGGCAGCAUCACCUACACCGAUGUCGACAACGCCAAGGGCUUCUGGGGCUUCACUGCUGAUGGCUACAAGAUUGGCAACGCUGCCAAGAAGGGCACCUCCAUCUCCGGCAUUGCUGACACCGGCACCACCCUGCUGCUGCUGCCGGACGCCGUUGUCGAUGCCUACUACGCCGGCGUCUCUGGCGCUUCCUACGACAGCAGCCAGGGCGGCUACACCUUCCCUAGCAGCGCCACUCUGCCUGCCUUCACGUACUACGUCGAGGGUGUUGCCUUCACCGUCCCGGCUUCCUACAUCAAGUAUGCUGCCAUCGACUCGUCCACCUACUUCGGUGGCAUCCAGUCCGACAGCUCCAUUGGCUUCUCCAUCUUCGGUGACGUCGCUCUCAAGGCCGCCUUUGUCAUCUUUGACGCCACCCCGAAGCUGGGCUUUGCUCCCAAGACCCUGUAA